AUGUCAUUGGGUCAACUGCAAGUACAGAUGGUCACAUGUAGUAAUUACUAACAGCGCCACCCUCCAUAUCGGCAGAUCAAAGCCACAAAUCUGUUGGGUCUCAACCGAAACGACGUGCUGUCACCCCAAAAGUGGAACAGUCUGUAGAGCUUGCCUCCUCACCUGGCUUUUCACUUCUCCCCAGGUUUGCAAUCACAGGGACCUAAAUCUGCCAAUAAAGGAUGCUUUUCCACUUCUGCCCCCAGUGUGGCACCAAACUACAGCCUGGCUUCCGGUUCUGCCCCUCCUGUGGGGACAAGCUGCAGUGUGUUGUGGACCCCUCUGGACCUGUGGAGGCUGCUUCCUCUGGAGUCUCUCAGCUUCAUGGUGUAAUUAUGACUGCUAAUGCAAGCAGUCCUACUCCAAGCACAGCACAGCUGACUGGCUGGGACACAGAAGGCCUCGUCUGUGCCACCCCCAGCCCUGUGUCGACCCGUCCCUCACUCCAUAGGACCUGUAACUCUGUCCCCAUGGCCUGGAGUGAGGAGGCUCCUAGUAGUAUAACCAGUCCCCCUGUCACAGCCUCCACAAAACAUACUGCAGAUCAAAGCCACAAAUCUGUUUUGUCUCCACGGAAACGACGUGCUCUCACCCCAAAAGAAGAACAGUCUGUGGAGCUUGCCGCCUCACCUGGCUUUUCACCUCGCCCCGGGUCCCCCUUCACAGGCAAGGGGAAGGCAAAGAAGGCCAAGCGGGUAUGUGCUGUGGAGCCACUGCAGGAAGGGGAAGAGCUUUGUGACACAACUGGCAGGAAAUGGAGGCUGUUGAAACUGUUGAGUCAGAGCGAUGCAGAGAUGUUCUAUGGAGUCCAGCAGAAUGGGCAAGGUGCCAAUUCCAGUGACUACAAGCACAUCCUCAAACUAGGGGCUAAGGACGGGAAGAUGUUUAAUGAGCAGAACUUCCUGCAGAGAGCUGCCAAGCCCUCAUCUGUGGACAAGUGGAUAAAGCAUGCCAAGAUGGACUUCCUUGGGAUUCCUUCCUGUGUAGGAUUUGGUCUCCAUGCAGACUCAUACAGGUUUUUGAUUUUCUCCAGCAUGGGCCAAACUCUUCAGUCUUUCAUGGAUGAGGGGGAGGGGCUCCUGUCUGAGAAAGCGGUCCUUCAGCUGGCCUGCAGAGUAUUGGAUGUGUUGGAGUUCAUCCAUGAAAAUGAGUAUGUUCACGCAGACAUCCAUGCUGAAAACAUCUACAUCAGCCCAGCACAACAAACACAGGUAUACCUUGCAGGGUACUGCCAUGCUUUCCGGUACUCACCUGGUGGCCGGCAUGUGGAGUACCGUGAGGGUAGCCGAACACCAAAUGAAGGCGCCAUAGAUUUUAUAAGCCUGGAAUCUCACAAGGGAGCAGGUCCGUCUCGUCGUAGUGACCUGCAGGCUUUGGGCUACUGCAUGCUGCGCUGGUACACAGGGGCACUGCCCUGGACCUCCCUCACACACAAUCCAGCCCGCGUUGCCACGGAGAAGGAGAGGUACAUGGGGGAUGUUCCAGGUCUCCUGAGUCACUGCUUCGGACAGAAGAAAGUCUCCAGUGCGCUGCAGGUGUACCUGUCUCAGGUGAUGGCUCUGCAGUACUCUGACCAGCCGGACUACAGGGCUCUGAGGGCAGGCCUUAGUGCAGCUCUGCAGAAGCUGGGAGGGUCACUGGAGCAACCCCUUGACCUUCAGGUCAGAACACCCACACAACCUCUACACUAUCCCCAAGCUCCAUUGAGAAAACAGUCAGAUGACCACAGAAACCUGGAACCUCCCCCUCCCCCCCAGCAGAUGAAAGCGAUCUGAGGAAGACGAUACUUCGGGAUGAUAAUUCACUAAUGGAAUUUUUAGCCAGCUGUUUUUAAAAUGCUGACUUCAUGACUAUGUGGUGUGGGUCCUGCUGUGGUUUUACUGCACUCAAGGAGGAGCGUGUGAAGGUGCGUUUCAUUAAGUUCACUGGAGGUGCAGUGCACAGAAACUCCUGGUUAUGCCAGGUUAGUGAGCACUGCUGUACUGUGUUAUUGUCAGCAGUAGUUGGCGCUGUGGCAGUGAGUGGGUAGUUAAUGUUUAACCUAUGAAAUAAUACAGUUCAUAACAAAGAACCUUUGUUCAGGGUGGUAAUGAUUGUAAGUACAAAAAUGUACACUGUUCCAGUUAGGUGUUGUAGAUGUUCAUGAUAUGCAUUUGACUUUUUGUAUUGUUUUCAUAUCAGGAUAAUACUUUGUUAUUAAAGAGCUUUUAUUA